UGAAAGACAAUCUACAUGAACUUUUGGCGACAACAUUCACUACAACUAGAAGAAGCCUCAAUUAAAAAACAGACACAAUGCUGAAACAAAUAAAACCCCGAAAUGCGCGCUCGAAACGAGCACUCGAGAAGAAAGCCCCGAAAGUAGUCGAGAACCCCAAGACUGCUCUUUUCCUUCGUGGAACUACUUGUUCGCAAGUCGUACAAGAUGCCUUAACCGACCUCUAUUCCUUACGCCAGCCACUCGCCAAGAAGUUUACCAAGAAGAAUGCCAUCCACCCGUUCGAAGAUCCCGCUUCGCUCGAGUUUUUCAGCGAGAAAAACGACACAUCGUUGCUCGUAUUUGGCAGCAGCUCCAAAAAGCGCCCGCACACGUUAACUUUAGCGCGCACGUUUGCAAGCAAGAUCCUCGAUAUGUUAGAGUUUCAUCUAGAUCCAGAGAGCUACCGGCGAAUCUCCCAAUUCAAGGGUCGCAAGUUUGCUGUUGGUUUACGGCCUAUGAUGUUAUUUUCGGGGACUGCUUUUGAGAGCCCCGUCGCAAACGAGUAUACGAUGGCUAAGAGCAUGUUGAUCGAUCUGUUCAAAGGCGACGCCACGAGCGACAAAAUUGAUGUAGAGGGCCUACAGUACAUCGUGUCUGUGUCAGCCGAUGAGCCCGUAGGCGAUGCCGUAAAGCCGGCGAUCCACCUGCGCAUCUACCUCAUCUCGACGAAGCGCAGCGGACAGCGGCUCCCCAGAGUCGAAGUAGAGGAGAUGGGCCCUCGCAUGGACCUCCGUGUUGGCCGGAUGCGGGAGCCCGAGGAGGCGAUAUUAAAGGAAGCUAUGAAGACGGUUAAGGUAGGCGAAGAGAAGACUAAGAAGAAUGUAACGACGGAUAGCAUUGGUGACAAGAUUGGCCGCAUCCACCUUGGUAAACAGGAUCUCAGCGAACUGCAGACGAGGAAGAUGAAGGGACUCAAGAGAAGCCGAGAUCUGGAAGAUGAGGAAAUGAAGGAUCCCGUUAUCGACGAGGACGCCCUGAAACGUCAGAAGAAGUAAUUGGCUUUUUGUGGGCAAAGCGCAUGGAAUGGCGUUCUGGCUGGGUUGAUUGAUUGGUAUUACUACACUACAUGCACAUGUCUUGUGGAGUUGGGAGUUUCCCGUUGAUGAUAUCUAUACCUCGUCCGAUCUUCUUCCCACAGCUACAUUAAUAGCAUCUCGUGCACCCUACUGCCGUGACUUGAAUUCUUGAUACAUUU